AUGACGAUUACUAAGCGACGUAAUGUCGUGCUAUACUUUGAUUUAAACCGUACAAUUCUCAUGUCAGAUGUUGCUGGUGGUCGUACGAUAGAAAAUACUGUAAAUUAUUUGCUAUCAGAAUGCACAUGGGGCUAUGUGAACCCUUUACGUCCAUCCGAAUGGAUUUGUGUCUCGGAUACGUCGUCUAUUGGGCCUCCAGCUAUUGAUACUACUACAUUACCCCUCAUUACAUACAAAAAGUUUGUAGAUGAUGUCUAUCCGUAUCAACAUUUGGCAACAAAUGCUCCAGGAAGUGAUAUUGAUCGCAUUAAGGCCGUUAACCAAGCUGUAAAGAGGAAACGGACGGUCUUACAAUCAGCAUUUACAGGUGGAGAAAAUGCUCCUGGUUAUCGCGUUCGACGGUCAUUUGAAGAGGUGAUGCAAAAAUUGCAAUUCCCACAAGGAAAACAACGUCAAGCUGCCAAGCGCUUGGCGACGACAAUGCCCAAAUCCAGACUACAGGACGCGUGGAGUGAAGGACGGUACCAUUUGCUGCCAUCGUUUUUGCACUUUUUGUCUUACUUGACGUCGUCGAAAGUGAUGGAACAGGAGCUGAAUGUAAAGCUUGUGUUUCGCACUUUUGGUGAUGAUAUUGUGGAAGUUGCACGGGAAUUGGAUCUCUUCGUGGACGGUCAACACCCGAUCGGACUUCCGGCACUACCUGAACAUUUCCGUCUCAAGCUAGAGCCAAGUGCUUGUAGUCUUGCUACGUUCUACCGUGAUGGGUUUGGAGCCGAUGGCACGGCUUUAGCGUUGGGCACGCUCACCAAAGCGCCCUUCUCUACCAAGCUCGCGGAGGAAGGCGCCUGCGCGCCAAACAACUUCUACGCUGCAUUAGACCAGAAAGUGAAGGUUGUUCGUGGUUUUCAGUCUAUCCAAGAGGUGCUUCAAGAUAUGCUUCAAGGCGCCAGCACACUAGCAUUUCGUGAUUACUGGGAGUGGUGGAGUGCUCACGCCGAGGACGAUCAGUGCGGAAAACUGCUGCUUGUUGACGAAGAGAAGGCAGAGAAGAACGGCGAUAUCACUAUCUUCUUUGACGACCACAUCGAGGCACACCACGCGCACAUUGUGGAUGUGCGUGACGUGCGUUCAGGAGCCCCUGUUGACUUCGAAAAGAGUCGUGGCAAGUACCUUCAGCGGGUGGAGCCUUUCGCGGCCAUCACGGACCCAAACUACUUCAUCUCGCUGUUCGACAAACUGGUGACGAAGCAAAUUUGUAAUGGUGUAGCUUGA